UACUCUACUUUUCGUGCGUCUCUGGCAGACAGAUGUAAAAGAGGUGAACAAACUAGAGACUUAACCAUGUUCUAUCUAGCACGAGCUGAUUUAUAACAUUCGUUUGGCGUGCGUGACUAAGUUUUGUUAUCAUAAUUAGAAAGCAGGAGAUAUUAUCAGCUUGCUAAAUAUACGACUGUUUCUGGAUUUCCGAAUCUGUUCAUUGCCAUGUGAGGUCAGAGAGCGCUAAAUUAAAGUCAACAAUUGCCCGAUUCAAUGUAGAUAUGAAACUGCUACUAAAGACAAAUAAAACUCAGGAAAAUGAAAACAUUGACUUAAAACAGAAUCUGCUAACCUUUGCUAAAGCGCAUAAUCCUGAGAAGAAACUGAUUUCGUUUAACAUUGUUGAAACAAAAAAGAAGAGCGAUCUGAGAGCGACUUGAAAACUCUCCCCUGUAAGGAGAAGAUAAAAUGUCACAGAUAGGAGAACAAGUUUAUUUUGGAAUCACAGAUUACGUCAUGUUGGCGGCCAUGCUUGGCUUUUCUUUGGGAAUCGGCAUUUUCUUUGCAAUAAGGGGAAACAAAACAAAAACAAAGUUUGAGUACCUUCUUGGGAGCCGUCAGAUGGGCGCCUUACCCGUGGCUCUGUCUCUCUUCGCCACCUUCCACUCGGCCAUCUCUCUCCUGGGGACGCCUGCGGAGGUGUACACGUAUGGGACUAUGAUAGUGUAUAGUACCAUUGUGCCCAGCUUAUCUUUCUUGUUCAUGACUGUCACAUCGGUGCCACUCUUCUAUCCUCUGAAACUCACCAGUGUCAAUGAGUAUUUAGAAAGACGUUACAACAGUAAAUUUGUGAGGAUCCUUGGAACUUUUCUUGGGAUCAUCUCAAGCAUGUCCUACAUGACUAUAUCUUUACUGUCCCCAGGGUUGGCUUUACAAACAGUGGCCGGACUUCCACUCUGGCUUUCCAUUGUUGUCAUCGGUUUGAUCGGCACAUUCUAUACAACCAUUGGUGGGCUUAAGAGUGUCAUUUGGACAGAUGUCUUUCAGACUUUUAUUAUUUUUGGUGGCAUCAUUGUCAUUCUUGUUAAAGGAAGCUAUGACUCUGGUGGCAUAGAGAAUGUGAUGAAGGUUGCUGCUGACAAUGGCAGAAUGAUCUUUGAUGAUAUAAGAAUUGACCCUCGUGUACGGCACACAGUCUGGGAUCAGUCCAUUGGAGGAUUCGUCUAUUGGGCAUCUUCGGGAUUUUCUCAGUCAACAGUGCAACGAAUUUCUUCAGUGAAGUCACCACAGCAAGCCAAUGGAGUUUUUUUCUUGAGUGUUCCACUUGCUUUCCUCUAUAAGACGGUCCUCAUACUCUCAGGAUUGGUGCUUGUGGCUUAUUUUUUUGUUAUGGAAUGUGAUCCUCUUGCGGCUGGCUAUGUGACCAAUGCCAAUCAGCUGAUGCCCUACUUUGUCAUGUUGACCCUUGGUUUCUUACCUGGGCUGCCAGGUAUCUACAUCGCUACAAUAUUUUCAGGGGCAUUAAGUACUCUGUCGUCUGGUCUCAACUCACUCGCUGCAAACACUGUGGAAGAUUUUUUGUCCCACUGUUUGACCAAGAAAAGUGAAGCCACGGUAACAUUCAUCACUAAAAUCAUAGUUAGUAUAUACGGUCUUGGUAUUAUUGGACUGGCUUACCUGUUACGGGAAUUUUCUGGACCAGUCACUCAGCUAACUUACUCUGCCAUAAGUGCCGCCUCCGCUCCAUUGACUGGACUAUUUUUCUUUGGUGCUGCUUUUCCACAAGCUGAGGUUGUGGGAGGGCUGUUUGGAAUUAGCGUUGGGCUCGCUGUCAAUAUUUGGCUGACUCUUGGCUCCUUCAUGUACGGAGCCAGAGCCCCGAGGCUACCUCUUGGCACCACUGUGGGGUGUUCCAGUGCAAACACUACCAGCGCCUGGGCUGUGGCUAGGAAUGUGUCUUCAGCAGCGACCUCCCCCUCAACGGGAAUCAGUGGCAUCAUGCGAUCCACAACAAAGACCAUAACCUAUUUCAGAACUGAUAAAGAGUUUUCUCUUUACGAUCUGUCCUAUUCCUGGAGUCCAGUUAUUGGGGUCACAGUGACUGUAAUAGCUGGAUUAUUUGGUAGUGUCAUUUACAGAACGCUGUCUAAAUCUCCAGUGACCAGUGACCCAGCUUUGCUAUUCCCUUGGGCUAAAAGACUCUGGUGUAUUAAGGACAUUGCCUUAGAUUCAUCCAAAGAAAUCAAUGUGACCAAGGGAGAUCAAGAACUGGCGGUCAUCACUAGCUUAAAGAGUUAUUCUUCUUGACAUUUGCGAAUCAAAGAUCGCAUCAUUUAUUUUUUUAUAAAUUGUAUAUUUAUUUAAAUAUCUUUUUGCCCCAUUCAAACGUAGAAUGUACAUACAUUUUUUAGUAAAUACAAUUAUAAUGGUUCGCUAGUUUACAAUAAGUUUCGAUUAAUUUCGGGUUAGGUUUUAUAGUUGGCCUCCUUCAGUCGUAGAACGAUUAUAGUCUAUCUCAAACACUUUUUCAUAUACAUAUAUAUUUUAUAUAGCGACAAUAACGUCAUUGUAUAAUACAGAGACUAAGAUUGCUUGUGAAAUAAAAGUUAUUACGUUAGAGUCUUAGAUACAGUUACGUUUUGUCAAUUGAGAAGGUUUUGGGCUUACUAAUUUUGGUUAGUCCAGCGACGCGACGUAAAAGAUGGAUUCCUUUCAUUUCCGGAUUAAAUGUUUGAAUCGUCAUGAUUGCCUCCUUUCAUUGUUGGACUUUCGCUUGUGUUCUGUUGGUUAGAUGGAAUUAGUUGCUACCUCUGUCUGUGUUCUGUUAGUUAGAUGGAAUUAAUUGUUACCUCUGUCUGUGUUCUGUUAGUUAGCUGGAAUUAGUUGUUACCUCUGUCUGUGUUCUGUUAGUUAGAUGGAAUUAAUUGUUACCUCUGUCUGUGUUCUGUUAGUUAGAUGGAAUUAAUUGUUACCUCUGUCUGUGUUCUGUUAGUUAGAUGAAAUUAAUUGUUACCUCUGUCUGUGUUCUGUUAGAUGGAAUUAGUUGUUACCUCUGUCUGUGUUCUGUUAGUUAGAUGGAAUUAAUUGUUACCUCUGUCUGUGUUCUGUUAGUUAGAUGGAAUUAAUUGUUACCUCUGUCUGUGUUCUGUUAGUUAGCUGGAAUUAGUUGUUACCUCUGUCUGUGUUCUGUUGAUUAGCUGGAAUUAGUUGUUACCUCUGUCUGUGUUCUGUUGGUUAGCUGGAAUUAGUUGUUACCUCUGUGUUGAGUUGGUUAGAUGGAAUUAGUUGUUACCUCUGUCUGUGUUCUUUUAGUUAGAUGAAAUUAGUUGUUACCUCUGUGUUGAGUUGGUUAGAUGGAAUUAGUUGUUACCUCUGUCUGUGUUCUUUUAGUUAGAUGAAAUUAGUUGUUACCUCUGUCUGUGUUCUGUUAGAUGAAAUUAGUUGUUACCUCUGCCUGAACAUAGCAAACUCUCUACUCAAGACACAGCGAAGAGGUAUCCAACAUAAGCAUAAAUUAACUUAUGGGUAUUGCAAUAGUUGUCGUUGUUAAUCUUAACCGCUUGGCUUUCGAGCCGAAAGGUCUUUGGUUUAAAGACUAACGAAGUUGGAGAAAAUAAAGGCGUUUUAUUGAUGUGCUUGCCACAUGACACCCUCGUUAACCGUUGGCCAUAGAAACAGAUGAUCUAUGGAAAGGGGUACUUUACUUUUAAUAGUUUUUUAAAAUAUUAAAUUAUUGAAUUCCUUGAUCUAUGAAACCCCACAGCCUCCUGUCUGAAUGCAUCUGCAUACCCUGACCAGGUGUAGCUUCAAAAUAUGGCCAAAAUUAUGUUUUUUCUUUUACAAUUUGGGUCGUCUGCUAUAUGUGUGCAAAACAAAAACAGUAACUCGUUACUAAA